AUGUACCAGGCACCGGGCCGGUGCGGUGAGGGCAGUCCGUGCGAACAGCUGUGUCGAGAACUACACGACGGCACUUACGAGUGCGGGUGCGGGCCAGGUUAUGUGCUGCAGGUCGAUGGAUAUGGCUGUUUAGAACUAAACUCAACGAAAUCAACCGACACAGAAGAGGAAGAAGAGGACGUCCUCUAUCAAAAGGAUGUUUCGUUUUCAGCUGAACUAGAAAUAGCACCGUCCAAUAGAAUUAAUAAACCUAAUCUAAGCGUAAAACAUAUCGACGAAGCAAAAAGACUUACAACAGCACUGCCAAUAGUAUCUAAAACACCCAACUAUACGUAUACUGGAGAGAAGUAUAAAAGAGUCGACGGAUUAAGGAGUUUAAUAGAAGAUGGAGUCAGUAAAAUGGAUCUGAAUAUCAUAGAAGAUGAGAUAAAAGAUGGUUAUGUAGAAAGUGGAAGUGAAAAAGUUACCACGCUGGGGCCUAGCUUAGAACAAAAAGUGCCAGGUGCAACAGCAUCACCACCGUGGACAGCCGCUGUAGAAGCAUGCGACUGUGAAACUUGCAGCGAAGAUCGAUGUACCUGUGCGGGAAAUACUUGUAAACCAGGUACGUAUGGUACAUAA